AUGGCAAGUGGAGAAGUGGUGGAGAGAGCUGUGUGUGGGUGCUGUGGAAUGUGGGAAGAGUGCACAAUGGGAUACAUAGGCUGGGUGCAGGAGAGGUUCGGUGGCGUGUGGGUGUGUGGUCUUUGCGAGGAAGGUAUCAAGGACGAGCAAGCAAGGUUAGGGGUAGGAGUUGAAGUUGCUCUGAGGAUUCAUGCCACCUUCAGGGAGACUGCAAAUGCCGAUCCUCCAAUUCACAUAGCUCAAUCCAUUCUCCAACUUAUCAAGAAGAUCAUGUCCUCCACUUCUUCACCCAGCUAA